AUGCCUGCUCCAACAACGCUGACAGUCGGUGCCUCUCGGGGCCUCGGACUCGAGCUCGUUAAACAGCUCAGCAAAACCCCAGAUCAGCACAUUAUCGCAACUGUCCGCUCCCCUACGGACAGGAUUCCCAAGUCCGACAAUAUUACACUCCUCAUUCUCGAUCAAUCUAGUCCCGAAUCCGUCCUUGCCGCAGCGUCCCAUGAUGUCGAGCUCGACACGUUGAUCAACAACGCUGCGAUUGGUGACGACGAGCUACUCUUGAGGACCACAGAAUCUAGACUUUUUGAGUACGUAAACACGGAUAUCCUCGGUCCCAUUCAAAUUGUCAAGGUGUUUCUCCCUGCUCUGCUUGCAUGCCGGACAAGGAAGGUUGUCUUCAUCUCCUCCGAGGCCGGAUCGCUCUCGCUACAGGUCGAUAUCAACUUUGGCUUCCGUGGCCCGUAUGCUGUUUCCAAGGCGGCGGGGAAUAUGGUUGUUGUGCAACUGCAUAAUGAACUGAGGGAGGAAGGGUUUAAGGUUGUUGCAGUUUAUCCAGGGAUAGCUGGUGAUGGUGGUAUGGCGCCUGGAGAGUCAGCAUCACAGGCGUCGAAAGUCAUUCAGAAGCUGCAGGCACGAGAUUCAACGAGACUUUUCAACUAUGACGGUACUAUUGUGCCCUGGGAAGGGUUUAUGCUGAGACUUCGGUGCGUUCUGAUCAGAGCUGGGGUCUUCACCAAAGCAAAGGUCUGUUGUCCUCGCGAGGAAAAAAUGUAG